CCAAGAAAUGUAAAUCCACAGAGAGAAAAUAAUUGGAAAAUGACAGGAACAAACCUGACUAUAGUGAUGGAAUUUGUCCUCCUGGGCUUCUCUGACAUUCCCAGGUUCCACUGGCUGCUUUUUGGGGUAUUCUCAGUCAUCUCUUUGGUCAUCCUGUUGGGGAAUGGCAUCAUAGUUCUGGUAACAAGAGCAGAUGUUGCUCUUCAGACGCCCAUGUAUUUUUUCCUCAGCAAUCUUUCCUUCCUAGAGAUCUGUUAUGUGUCUGUCACUCUUCCCAGGAUGCUCAUGGACCUUUGGACCCAGACAGGAAGUAUUUCUUUUUUCAGCUGUGCCACACAAAUGUGCUUCUUCCUUAUGCUGGGAGCCACGGAGUGUUUCCUGCUGGCUGUGAUGGCCUAUGACUGCUACGUGGCCAUUUGUAACCCUCUGCACUAUCCCCUCGUCAUGAACCACAGGGCCUGUGUCCAGCUGGUGGUGGCCUCCUGGAUCAGUGGAGCUCCAGUCCAGAUAGGACAAACAUGGCAGAUUUUCUCUGUGUCCUUUUGUGGUUCUAAUCAAAUCAGUCACUUCUUCUGUGACAUCCCCCCAUUACUGAAGCUGGCCUGUGGAGACAUCUUUGUGAAUGAGAUGGUGGUCUAUCUAUUUGCUGUGUUGUUUGUCACUGUUCCCUUUUUGUUGAUACUUAGUUUCUAUAUGAGAAUUAUCUCCACCAUCAUGAAGCUGCCAUCAAACACAGGGCGGAUCAAAGCCUUUUCCAUGUGCUCUUCCCACAUCACAGUGGUAGUUUUGUUCUAUGGAUCAGCCACUGUUGCUUAUUUAAAACCUAAAUCUGAUCAGUAUGCAGGAAUAGACAAACUGCUCUCUCUUUUCUACACCAUUUUGACUCCAUUAUUCAAUCCUAUGAUAUAUAGUCUGCGGAACAAAGAUGUUAGAAAGGCAAUGAGGAAAUUUCUUCCCAAAUUAUCAGCAUUGUGA